CAAACACUGUUGUGCGCUUUGCAGCAACUAAACAGAAAGCGCUUUUCUGUGGAAUGCAGGCCAGAGAAAAGAAGAAACUAAAUAUACGAUUUCAUUCGAAUUCAUGUACGGAACCGCGCAGGAGGUGUCUCCGUAGUCUGUCUCGACUGUCGGUUGUUCGGUUUGUCGAGGUGCCCAGUUGUCGUGGGAGUUCUUUAUGUUGUUUGCUUCAAUUGGCAACGAUAGUAAAGUUCUCAGUUUGUUUUCGCCGUUCGGGCUGUUUCCAGUGCUCCAGAUAGAUGACUGUUCGGGAUAUUUCGAUGUGAUCCCAAACGAGAACUCUUACCCCCGGGAGUAAAGAUCGAAGAACAGUUUUGUUUUAUGGCGUGAAAGUGUCGGGUUCAGGUUUUCUUUUUUUCUGAUGUGUCCACCUGAAAAGUGAAACGUUUCGAAGGUGUAUGUUGUGUUUUUGUGGUUGGUGUUCAGUUGCAAAUUAACGAACAGCGUGUAGUCAAGUGAAUUUUUAAGCAGGCGGAAGAGGAAACUUGUGUGUCUUUACUGUUCGAGUGUUUUUUUUUUUGAUUCAUUGAAAAAUCACCACCCGGCAAAGAUCGGCUUUGCGAAUAAUAACAGAAAAAUCCACCAAAAAAUAGAAGUGAAAACAGAAGAGAUAAUUCCUUAAUUCGAGCAAAAGAAGUGUAGCGAAACAAUCUUCGGAAGUUUGAUUUUUCGUGUCUGUAUGUGUGGUUUCCAAUUCGACAUCGGAAAGUGCGUGGAUGCAUGAUCAGGUAUUUUUAUGCAACCGUUCGGAAUAUCCGAUUGAUCGUGGUGACGACGACGACGACGACGACAUUGGAUGAAUCGUCGGAAUCGAGAAUGCAAUCCACGGUACAGUGAUCUUGCUUCAUCUUGAUCGCUGUGCAACGACGACAGAAGUCGGUGGUCUUGGUUGGAUGAUUCUGGAUGCGAAGCGAAAGAGUGUGUGCUUAUAGUAAGAGGUGCAUUCGUCGCAGUGAAGACGUAGGUCCUAAGAGAACUACAUCAACAGCAAAAGCAGAACAGCAGCAGCAGCAGCAACGACAACGUUAACGUAAAUGUCGGUUUGUGUGUGAAAUAGCCAUUCAGUGAGAGGGCAUCGAUGGUAACGAAAAUAAUAACAGCCUAAGUGCGGAAAUUAUAAUCCAGGAGACGAGUGGAUUCUACUGGAAAUUGACCACGGUCCGGGCGCACUGAGAAAAACUUAAUACUCCGGAGGCGGACCAACGAUCGCAAGCAACGAACCCGAAACGACGUACGGUGAAUUUGAAUGCGCACUGAUGACCUACGAUUACCAACAUUGUAUAGUUUAAUUCCAACGACGCGAACGUAACGAAAGCAAAAGUGUGACGCGAGCCCGUUUGUGAACGUGUGUCUGUGUGUUUUGUGAUUGAUAUGGAUAUGGCACCGGGUUUAGGAGGUUAAUAGCGCGCCGCGCACCAAACAAAAAUGCUGUUACCGUGUGUAGCAAUGGUAGUCCUUCGCAACCAACCAACGGCGACGAACAAUCAUGUUUGGCUUGUCAAGUAUGCAUCUACAGCAACACCAACAGCCAUUUGGUAGCACCGUUGAGAAUUUAGGAUCAACAAUGAAGCCGGACAGUCCAGAUAUUGGCGUUUCUGUCGAGAAGCAGCCACUGAGUGAGAUCACCAACACUGCUGGUGGUGGUGGUGGUGGUGGGGAUUGUGGAGUUACUUUGAAGUGGAACAGUUCCAACUCCAGUUUGAGCAGUGCAAGCGACAGGAAAAGCACAUUCUACACCGAAGUAGAACCUAAGACGAUGAGUGACACGGCGAACGACGAUAGUUGCUCGACGACAACGGAGGUUCGCAUAGCGGAGGCAAUUAGUUCCGAUGCGGACGACCGGAGUGUCAUCAUGGGAGGAACGUUACCGCUGCGGGGAGCAACUGCUACGCUGCCGGCAAGUGUAGCAGGGAAGAAGCGUCGCUGUGCUAGCACUCUGGACGGGGUGAUCAGCACCAAGAACCACCUGAAGCUAGUCAGCAAUGAGUUGGACUGGGAGCGCAAGUUCCGGGAUGAUCAGCUUUCGAGAAUACUGAAAGCGUUGAUCUAUUUCGAGGCGCGUCUCAAGAACGAGCAUAAGCUCAUCAAGCAACAGCUGCACGAGAAGGACGACGUGAUCAAUCGACAGAACUGUACGAUCAACCGAAUGAAACGGAAGCUGAGCGAGGAAAGUGGUAGAGCAUUUGCCGAGGGGGAUCUCCCGGAGACUGCGCAGUAUUGUCCCAAGUGUCGCAAGAGCUAUUACGGAGUGGAGUUCCGGUGCAGUGGAACGCAAACCGUGGAGUAUCGGGAUGAUGGCGGAGAGAGUGUCAAUACGGAAAAUCUCUCGCUGAACAGCGUGGAGUACGCCUCGUCGAGCGAGGAGCAGGACUCAUCGCUAUACGUACGUGCCAAUUCGUUCAAGGAUGCCCGACGUAGUCGCAAGUACACUAGCAAACGGUCCUACCAAGGAUACUCGCGUCCGUCGCGGCAUAGUAGCUUCAAAAGUACUGCCAGCAGUGUUAAUGGAGGCAAACUGACUGUACUGGGACUGGGCAGCGGUGGAACCGGGACGGCUACAGCAGAAAACUACGAAAACAUCGAACCAAAUAAGAAUGUGCCUAAAAUUGUGAUUUACGAAAACUACGAAAGCGAUAAGGAGAACAAGGCGUUGGCGGAGGAAGCAAACAACUAUGACCUGGUGGAACCAUCCUACUCGAAUCGAAUGAAUUCGAUGCAUGGAAUAAAGAUCGGUGUGAAGCUGAGCGGAGACGAUGAAGCUGGACUGCUUGAUGAUGACAAUAUCAUCUACGAAGAGGAGUCAAGUGGGAAAACUAGCCGCAAUCGACAGAAGUACACGGAAGGAAUGGAGAUGAAGCAGACGAUCGAAACCAACGACGAUUGGUAUGCAAGUGCCAGUGAUAUGGAAGACUCGGACACAGCACUAGGCAAAACGUACAGCAAUGCAGCGGUUAACCCUGUGUUGGAAUGUGUGAAUCAGAUACUUCUCCAGCAAUCGAUGGACGGAUUUGGAGAGAACAAGGAAACGUCCAGUGGAAACGACGAAGACAUGUACAUCAAAGCCCAGGAACCACCGAAGGAACCCACGCAAGUCCGUUCCAAGCGGGUACACUUCUCCACGCAAAACAGCAUGGUUCAGGUUCCGCGGAUCAAUCUUCAACCGACACCGGUCCCCCGUAAGGAGGGUAAAGCUUCUCCAACGUACGAAAUCCAGAGCAUCUACAGCAACGAGUACGAACCGAUCGGAUCGGAACAGAAUUCCUAUUCCAACUAUUACGUAGACAUGGAGUCCAAGCUGGGUUCGGAAGACCGAGAACGGGAACUGGCUGCUGCUGAAAAGCGCAAGACUCCACCGGCCUUGCCCCCGAAGCCGGCAAAUCUAAUGAAGCUGCAGCAAAUCUCCAAGCAGCAACGGUUGGUACAAAUCAAAACAAAGCCUUCCUGCGGGAAUAGCGAUAUCGCAGAAUCCGAACCGGACUACUGCUCGAUCAGCGAGAUCCAGGAUUCGGUCAAAUGUGUUCAAAUAGUGGCGGAGAUUCAUAAGGAAGCUUGCGAGGAUGACUACUCGGUGGUAGACGAAGAAAUGGAGGAAACCGAGAGCAAGAAGAGUAUCGAUCCGGAGGAAUCCUUCGCGGACGUCCCGAAGUUGCCGAAUGUGGCGGAAAUCGUUCCUCCAAAGAAGGAAUCCGUGGCGAAGUUCAUUAGCCAGGAUAACUACAUUACCAAGUCCAACAAUGGGACACCGGUGAAGGGAACUCCCACCAAGAAAGACGGUGAAUUUAGGGAACAGCUAUCGGAGAUCCUGGCCGAGAUAAACAAGCAAUCUCCAGCGAUCCGGAAUGCCUCGAAGAAGCAUGUUCCGGUAAAAGAUCUCGGCAUGGGCUUCCGGAGCACGAGUAACAUCCCAACGCUGGGAUUUCAAUCCAAGCUGAAACCAGUGGACAAGAUGAGUUUCCUUAGCAAAAUGAACUCCGGCUCGUUGUCGAAUCUUAGCUUGAGUGCAAAGUUCAACGGUUCUCUACCGAAACCCGGCAGACCAAUGGCAUUCAAAUCCAGCCUACAAGCGAAACCUUUGAGUACAAAUCUGAAUUCAUCUGGUAGCCUGAACCACCUAGUGCCAACGAGUCCCAGCAAGAUCGGAACAUUCAUUCCCAAUUUAAAGCCACCCGGUAUGCCCGGUUCGCAAAACGGCCAAUCGCCAAAGACCUCACCGGUCAAGAAGCCUCCGGCUCCGGUCAUCAUAGCCGAAGACAGCAAACUACCGCUGCAAGCCGAGUUCGAUUGGUACAAUCUGGAUGCCGAGUACGGCAAAUCGAACCAACCGGACAUCAUCGUCGAGGCCGACUCGGGGAAUGCUUCCGAGACGACGCAAGCGGAAAAGGCUGCCGAUGAGUCCGCCAACUCCGCCAACGGUCACAGCUCCGAAGCCAGCGGAAGCGACCUGGAGAACGUGGAGUACAACCUGGACGAGGCGUACAAGUCGAUGCCACCGAGCGUGCAACCGCCGGACAUCAUCCAGAAGAAUCCGAUGACACCGCCGAAGAACGGCAAGAUUCCGUACAACAGCUUGUCCUUCAAGGAGCUGAUGACGCUGAGCGAGACGCCCAAGAUCGAGAAGAUGAAAUCGUCGUCGGUGGAUGCCGCCAACGGGAACUACGAGCACUUUCUGGACGAUUCCGGCCUUUGCUCGAAGCCGAUAAUCCUACCGAGGAAGAAGCGAGUCUACUACUCGGGACCGUUUGUGUAAUGACGACCCUGUGGGUAUUUGGGAAAUCCCCAGUGUGAAUUGCUGUGUAUUAUAGAGUUGUGGUGUAUGUGAAAUUUGUUUGCCAAGCACGUAACUGUGGCGAGAAAUUAGUUUAGUAGUUCAAUGAAUUUCCGUGCACGUCGAUGAUCAGGCGCUUACUUCCCUUUACUGUGCGGGUCGUUGCGGCGCGUUGUUUUCGUUUUGGCCGGGCGCUGUGUGGAAUUUUGAUUGUUGGCUAGAGUAUGAAAGCGAAAAUUCAACUGAUUAAUUCAUGAACGUAUGGUUUGUGCGGAUUGGGAAAUGUGCGGCUGCAAAUUGACGAAGUGGGUACUUUCGCUGAGUUGGAUUAUUGAUAAAUGCGGAGCGGAGUUUGUGGAUAAGGUCGAAUUAUUCAAUUGUUAUUUUGAAAUCACUUUUCUAGAAAUGACCGGAAUAGUUGGAUUUUUUUUCUUAAAUUUGCAACAUUUCUUUAACCUUUUAUUGAAGAAUUUAUUUUAUAGCUAGUAGGCUGACCAAAAAACUUUGAUAUUUUUUUAGUGAUGAAAAAUCGGUAAAUUCAAAUGUGAAAAGUUUUAUAUUGCAAGAACAAAAUAUGAUUCCCGUAAGCUCGUUCGUAAAAAGCAAAUUGCAGUUCCUGCUCCAGUCCAGCUCAUCUGCUCCGGAGCCGAAUCGCUAAGCCGAACGGUUCACUGGGAGCUGUUUCCCGCAGUUUCCUCAACAAUCAAUACGAAACUAACGAUUUUAAAUUGGCUCACUACAUGACUAGCCUAUUGGUCCCAAGCAAACGAUUAACGUACUCCAUUCUAGUCGAAAUUCUACUACUACACAAUGUUUGUUUUGAUUCGCUAAGAAAGUUUGACAGAUCAAAUGAGGGGUUAGUGGAUUUUCGAGGGGUGAAUCGAUUAGCUUGGGACCUAAGAGAGUACCAGAGCUGAGCCCAAAAGUUGAGCACGUUAUUUCGGGACCUUCUAGUCUUAGAGCUACCUCUAUGGUUUCCCCUUUCUAGACCCGUUCAGCUCAGCAGCUGAACGAUUUCCCGCUUUUUUCUUUCCCUAUAGAGCCGUUCAGCUCAUCUGAUUUUUUUCUAUUCCUCCGUACUAUCAACAAUUAAUACGAAACUAACGAUUUUAAAUUGGCUCACUACUUGACUAGCUUAUUGGUCCCAAGCAAAUCGAUUAACGUACCCCAUUCUAGUCAAAAUUCUAGUACUACACAAUGUUUGUUUUGAUUCGCUAUGAAAGUUUGACAAAUAAAAUGAGGGGUUAUUGGAUUUUCCUAUGUUUCAAGGGGUGAAUCGAUUAGCUUGGGACCGAAGAUAGUACCAGAGCUGAGCCAAAAAGUUGAGCAUGUUUCUUCGGGACCUUCUAGUCUUAGAGUUACCUCUAUGGUACUACUAAUGGUAUAUGGAAAUGGAGAAGAGGCAUGAAAGUGGUUGUGUUGUGAUGUAAUACUUAUGACAGACUUCAUACAUGAUUGUAGCAUUGAGGUCUCGUGAAUAAAGAAAACUAAACUAACUAAACUUGAGGUAACUGUUAGACCAGGGGUUCCCGAAGAAACAUGCUCAAUCUUUUGGCUCGGGAAGAAUCAGACCUUCGGUCUCAAGUUAAUUGAAGCACCCAUCGAAAAGUUAUCACAGCUAAUCAAAACAAACACAAACUUUGACAGAUUCGAAUACGCAAAUGGGGUACGCUCAUCGAUGUACUUGGGACAAAUGGGAUGUUCAAGUAAUGACAUCCCUGGAGAGCACGAGACUUCUAUGAAGCUAUCAGAACUUGCCUGGAUUUUACUGAACUUCUAAUUUAAAUUCCAAGAAAAUCUGGAAGAUAAAAAAUAGAAGGAGCAGCUAACUUUGAAGAACUCCUGUCAGGUUUGACAAAUUACAAAUAGGAUCAGUGAACUUCGAAGAUCUUUAAAAAACUUAACAGAGGAUCUGCCAAUUUAAGAGCUGUCCAGAAGACUCCAGAGAGGUUCAGAUACGUACUGGAAACUCCUGAAAGGAUUUGUAAUCUUUGGGAUCCUUUUAGAGCAUUCAAACAAAAGUAAAGAUUGGAUUCAACCAGUCUAUUGGCACCAGUGCUGCAAAAUCUCGACAAUUCACGGUGAUAUUCAAAAUGCUGCUUUGAUCACUCAUUCGAGCAAACAGUCAUCGUCAAGGCAAACCAUGUCAAUUGUCAGUGACAAUGCUGUCAGUGACGAACAUGUGCAGAUUUUUUUAUUAGCUAAAUUUGCAACGAAAUUAAAUGACUUGAGCAAAACAAUUACAUGGAGCCGUUAGAGUGAACAAGCAUCUACGUCCUGAACUGCUUGGAUAACAAUAAUGUGACUCAGAACGCACGAAAUAAAACUUUUUGUUACCAGGUGAAUCUUUGUCAUUGACGAAAAAAUUAAUGAGAUUUUGACAAAGGGUUUUUUGAGGAUCAAAUCUAUCAGUGACUAUGUGAAUAACAAUUUGGUCAAUAUCGCGCGAAAGUCUGUCAAUGACAGUGACAAAUCUCAGCACUGAUUGGUGCUACUCCUAGAUUGAGUGAAAUUUUCGUCAAAUUUCCUAAUUUUCCGGUAGAUUUUUGAGGUUUUCCACAAAAAAGCAUGAGGCAAAUUUACCCAUCGCUAAGUUCCUGCACUUUGGCGAUUAUGAAUAAACUAAACUCAAAUU